AGAUCUCAACACUACAUAUCAACGGCCCAUCUCCCUUUCAGCAACACUAGUAUUCCUAUUCAACUUCCUGAUCACCAAUGCUUCAAAUCCCGUAUCUAUGACUUCUUGCGCUUCCUGAUUUUAGCAUCGCUAUCACUCGAUUCUGUGUUUACACGUCAUGAGCUCUUCUGACCGCAACGAAUCCCCCGAAACUCCCGAAUCAUCUGGCGCCGGUACGCCCAACAAUCCUAAUCGCGCCUCUGCGUCCUACAUCACCAACAUGUGGACCGGCCUCAUCCGUCGCUUCUCUAGUGAGGGUUCGUUCCCUAGUCAGGCCGACACCGCCUAUGAAGACGAUUACAAGUACCACAACGGCAAUGGCACAAAAGACGGUAUAAACGGUGUCUUCACACCCGUGCGGCGUACCGCGAGUCCUCUUCGUCCUCCACCUCUGGAUCCUCUUGUUCUGCAUGGUUAUCGUCAGGGCACGCCCGCGUCGGCUAAGUUGCUGACAGGCGCUGUCGCGGAGGAGAUUCGCACCAUGGUUCCUGAGCGCCUACGCAUCGUGGACGACUGGCAUCUGGUCUACAGCCUUGAGCAGGACGGCGCGAGUUUGACGACUCUGUAUCAGCGCUGUCGACAAUACGAGGGCAAACGGGCUGGUUUUGUCCUGGUCGUCAAAGAUCUUGAAGGAGGGAUCUUUGGCGCAUACCUAUCCGAAUACCCGCAUCCUGCGCACUCGUACUUUGGCAACGGCGAAUGUUUCCUCUGGCGAGCCUCGACUAUCACGCCCCUCCCACCACCUCCAUCAGCCGAUACAACUAACCUGAACUCUCGAAUUACAACGCUCGCCCCGCCACCGCCUUCGUCAGAGAGCAACACCCCUACACAUUCUCGCGCGCCGUCGCCUACACCUAGCGAAGCUGUCAGGUUCAAAGCAUUCCCAUACAGUGGUCUAAAUGACUUCUGCAUCAACUGCGAGACCGGCUUUCUAAGUGUUGGAUCAGGCGGUGGGCACUAUGGGCUAUGGUUAGAUAAUGGCCUUGAAAACGGGCAUAGCUCAAGGUGCGAGACCUUUGGUAACGAGCCUCUGAGUGACGAGGGGACCAAAUUUGGAGUCAUCGGAGUCGAACUCUGGGUUAUGGGCGUAUGAUGACGAUGUUUUGCUUUGGUUCUCACAUGUUUGCAUGGCGCUCGGUGUUAUGAUAUGGUAUUCGCAGGCGGAUCGGUCUCUCAUUAAAUCGAUGAUCUACGGACAGAAGGAAAAUCUAUGUGCUGUGAAGGCAGAGCGAUCUUUAUUUAGACAAAGUUUCUG